GUAGCUAGCCUUGCCUCUGUAAGCCGUGAAUCCCAGCCGGGUGCUAUGACUGAUGCUAGGAUCGUUAGCAAAAUCUCAAGCAGAACUGUCAGUGGGAUACCCAAUUCAUAUGAAAACAAAGGGAAAAUGUCAGUGGGAUACCCAAUAUGUUGGCUCCUGUCAGUUCAAUAGGGGUUCUCUAAAGACGUCACCCAGCUGAUUUUUUCUAUGUUCGGUGUUUGAUAUUGUUUACUACUGUUGAAAAUUGAAGAGUGGCAAACAAAAUAGUGUUUGUACAAAUAUCAAAUCAAACCUUAUCUGUCAAAAAAAUAACAAAUAUUUGACCUCCGGGAAAACAGUGUACGGCCACCUUAAGCCGUGUAGUGGAUUCAUCAUCUGUGAAUCGUGCUUGUGUUUUGAUCCGCAUUGGUGUAUGCAGUUAUCUGGUCGCAGUAGCUAUGCAUAUCAAUCCGUUAGGUUCUGAUAGUGAUGAUACAAGCCAAUGAUACUUUCUGUGAUGGUUCCUCUUAAAACUGCAGUUUUCAACGCAUUGCUUUUGCUUUUGAGUGCAGCGAUAAUUGUUACGAGUGUUGCAAAUAAUCUUCACAUGAACGAUGGUGUACGUAUUCAAGACAUCAUCGCCGGUGACGUGUUCUUUGAGAUAAUCGAUCCUCCAGCGUUGGAAUACACGUACAGGAUUCGACCGGCAAAGGAUUUUGGUGGCUCGUUUGGGCCUUCCUUCGUUGUCAAAGAAGGGAAACUGGUGCCGGCGAUACCAUCAGACGCUUGUGAACCGGGUUUCGAGAAUGAAAAUGAGCUGAAAGGCAACAUCGCACUCAUCGAGAGAGGUGAUUGUUCAUUUUUGACCAAGGCGAUAAACGUUGAAAAUGCGGGAGCUCGUGCGGUCAUCAUCACUGAAAUGGACAGUUACAUGGAAGACUAUGAUUAUUACAUUGAAAUGAUCCACGACAAGACCGAUCGUGAUACUUCCAUUCCGGCCGCCUUUAUGUUGGGCAAGAAUGGUUUGGUUAUACGGAAAACUUUGCUGAAGAUGAAGCGGACAUACGCAUUGAUUAAUUUGCCAGUGAAUCUUACGUUUAUGUCACCGAAUCAAAUAAACCAACCGCCGUGGUUACAGUGGUAGAUCACCGGCUGAAUACAAAUGUGAAGCGCACCCAGUCCCAGUGUAAUAUUUCCGUAGACUAACCCGUGGUACGAUGUAUUAUUUUGAGAGACUAAUUAUCUAGUCAAGCUGUGGAAACACUAACGAGAAGCAAAAACAACGACAAUUAACUGCAAUAAACUUUGUAGAAAUUA